GCGGACCAGAGGACGUAUUUAUCUGCUUUACCGCCGGGUCACACGCGAGCUGAAUACGAACGGAAUAAUAAUCAGAGCAGGUAAUUUCAUUAUUGGAUGCAGUGGCGGCAGGCGGCCUCAAAGAGAGAAAAAUGCAGGUGCCAGGCCCCCUUCUCCGGCCUUGACUCUGCUUGUCCUCACCACCCCAGACGCUGCGAGGGCGACAUCAUGGUUAGGUGGUUCCACAGAGACCUCACAGGCCUGCAGGCCGAGGACUUGCUCAAGACUCAGGGCAUCUCCGGCAGCUUUCUGGCUCGACCCAGCAAAAAGAAUGUGGGAGAUUUUUCUCUUUCUGUCAGGGUGGCCGAACACGUGACCCACAUCCGCAUCCAGAACACGGGGGACUACUACGACCUCUACGGCGGGGAGAAGUUUGCCACGCUGUCCGAGCUGGUGGAGUUCUACACGGCCGACAACGGCGUCCUGCAGGACAAGGACGGCACGGUCAUCGAGCUCAAAUACCCGCUCAACUGCUCCGACCCCACCACCGAGAGGUGGUAUCACGGCCACCUAUCCGGUCCAAACGCAGAGAAGAUGCUGAGUGCCCGGGAGGAGUCGGGCACCUUCCUGGUCAGAGAGUCCUUAUCCAAGCCGGGAGAUUUCGUCCUGUCGGUUCUGACGGACGAGCGGGGCAAAACGGGGGCGAGGAGGGUGUCCCACAUCAAGAUCAUGUGUCAGAAUGAGCGGUACACCGUGGGAGGUUCCGAUAUGUUCGACACACUCAGCGACUUGGUGGAGUUCUACAAACGCAAAGGCAUCGAAGAGAUUUCCGGGAACUGGGUGCACCUCAAACAACCGUAUUACUCCACCAGAGUGAACGCGGCCGACAUCGACAGCCGAGUGAAACAACUGGACCAGACCACACUCAUGCAGGAGGAGGCCGAUGGAGGGAAAAGCAAGGCGGGCUUCUGGGAGGAGUUUGAUGCUCUUCAAAAGUUGGAGGCAAAGGUGAAAAAAAGUCGAGAAGAAGGCCAGAGACUAGAGAACAAGACCAAAAACAGAUACAAGAAUAUCCUCCCAUUCAAUGACACCAGAGUCAUCCUGCAGGACGCUGACCCCAAUGUUGUGGGGUCGGAUUACAUCAACGCCAACUACAUGCGAAACACCUUGUGGGAGUCGGAGAAUCAGAAAGUUUACAUCGCCACCCAGGGUUGCCUGGCGACGACCGUCAACGACUUCUGGCAGAUGGUGUGGCAGGAAAACACCAGGGUCAUCGUCAUGACAACGAGGGAGGUGGAGAAAGGCCGGAAUAAAUGCGUUCCGUACUGGCCCGAGAGCGAGAGCUCUAAGGAGGUGGGCCACUACGUGGUGACUUCCAUAUCGGAGUGGGAAGCGGCCGAUUACAAAGUCCGAGUCUUGGAGGUGGCGCUCGUUAACAAGCCCAAUCACUCCCGCACCGUGUGGCACUUCCAGUACCUGAGCUGGCCCGACCACGGCGUCCCGCAGGAACCCGGCGGUGUCCUCAGCUUCCUUACGCAAGUGAACAGCAAACAGGCUGAAUAUCCCGGUGCCGGUCCCAUGAUCAUCCACUGCAGUGCCGGGAUCGGUCGGACGGGCACCAUCGUGGUGAUUGACAUGAUCAUUCAGACCAUCGACACGAUUGGUCUAAACUGCGAUAUCGACAUCUCCAAGUACAUCCAGAUGGUGCGCGAGCAGCGCUCCGGCAUGGUGCAGACCGAGGCCCAGUACAAAUUCAUCUACCUGUCGGUAUCCGAGUACAUACAGACCGCCAAGGUCAAAGACGGCGCCUCCAUGGAGGCUGAGACGGAGUACGAAAAUCUACAGCUCAAACACCCGCCGGGGAGCAGAAACGUCAUCAAUUCAGGGUGUACCCCGCCUCCUGCCCGAUUAUAGCUGGGAUUGGGUCCAGCACUCCUGCGACCCUUAAACCAGGAAUCGGAUGUGUACGAGAAUUUGAGCAAAGCAAAGAAAGACAAGAAGAAGCCAAAGUCAGACAAGAAAAGUGGCUCAUUAAAGAAAAAAUAAUGUUUUUUUUUUUUUUUUAGUAUUUGUUUUUA